UUGCAAAUUACUUAACCAGCUGUUUCCUUAGCUUCACGAGAGCGACUGAAACGUACCCUAUAAAAGACUGCGCUAAACUUCGUACAAUCCAACUACACUUGUAAGUUUGAAGAAGUAGCUACGAGGUCAAGAUGUACAAGUUUCUAGCUCUCGCAACGGUUUUGAUGGUAUGCACAGUUGCAAAUGCCAAACCAUCACGAAUCGUUUUCCCAACUGACCCACCAUGCUCCGGAGUAAACUGCAGAAUGUAUUGUCCAUUUGGUUUUGAAACUGACUCAAAUGGCUGCGAAAUAUGCAGGUGCCGAACAGAAUGCCCACCAGUAUGCAGAAUAUAUUGUCCAAAUGGAAACGUAAAAGAUGCAUAUGGCUGUGACACCUGUAAAUGUAAACCAUUUUAAAUUUGUUCAAUAAACAAGUCAGAAAA